AUGACAGACUCAAACGAUUCAUCUGUAGAACUGAAUCAGCAGCUCCUUGGGCAGUCACGCGUCAGUUGUCUGUGGCUGCCCUCUGCCAGCCCGGAGCGCGUCUUCUUUAAGCGAAGGGGAGAGGGACGGGGGUGGAAAAAAAAAAAAACCACCCCGCCAGGUUGCGCGGAAUCCCGAUCCGGAACAUGGGGACGUGACUUUGCGCGGCGCUUGUGUCUGACUCUGGCGAUCCUCCAGCUUGACAGGUUGACCGGCGGCAACGGGGUGCCAGAUGCUGAUGAAUGUACAGAAGGGACAGAUGACUGCCACAUUGAUGCAAUUUGUCAGAACACACCUAAGUCAUUCAAAUGCAUUUGCAAGCCAGGUUAUAAGGGAGAAGGAAAGCAGUGUGAAGACAUUGAUGAAUGUGAAAAUGACUUCUACAAUGGCGGCUGUGUACAUGAAUGCAUCAAUAUUCCAGGGAACUACAGGUGUAUGUGUUAUGAUGGCUUCAUGUUGGCUGAAGAUGGACACAAUUGUCUUGAUGUUGACGAAUGUUUGGAUAAUAAUGGUGGCUGCCAACAGAUUUGUGUCAAUACUAUGGGAAGCUAUGAAUGCCAGUGUAAAGAAGGGUUUUUCCUAAGCGAUAACCAGCACACCUGUAUCCAUCGUUCUAAUGAGGGUAUGAACUGCAUGAACAAAGACCACGGGUGUGAACAUAUCUGCCGGGAGACACCCAAAGGUGGGGUAGCCUGUGAAUGUAGGCCUGGCUUUGAACUUGCCAAAAACCAGAAGGAUUGCAAAUUAACCUGUAACUAUGGAAAUGGAGGCUGCCAACACACGUGUGAUGACACCGAUAGUGGUCCUGUGUGCGGUUGUCAUCAGAAAUAUGCAUUGCAUUCAGAUGGCCGAACAUGCAUUGAGAAGGAUGAGGCUGCAAUUGAGAGCUCUGAGUUCAAUGCCACGUCAGUAGCUGAUGUGGACAAGCGGGUGAAACGGCGGCUACUUAUGGAAACAUGUGCGGUUAAUAAUGGAGGCUGUGACCGGACUUGCAAGGAUACAGCCACAGGAGUCCGCUGCAGUUGCCCAGUUGGAUUUACCUUGCAGCCCGAUGGGAAAACAUGCAAAGAUAUAGAUGAAUGCCUGAUGAACAACGGUGGCUGUGAUCACUUCUGCAGGAACACAGUGGGAAGCUUUGAAUGCAGCUGCCAAAAGGGCUACAAAUUACUAACGAAUGAACGGACCUGCCAAGAUAUAGACGAAUGUUCAUUUGAAAGGACCUGUGACCAUACCUGCAUCAACUAUCCUGGAAGUUUUGAAUGCUUAUGUCACAAGGGUUACACGUUAUAUGGAAUUACACAUUGUGGAGAUGUAGAUGAAUGUAGCAUCAACCAUGGAAGCUGUGAUUAUGGAUGUCUUAAUACUGUGGGAACUUACGAAUGUUUAUGUCCACCUGGACGAAAAUUACAUUGGAAUAAAAAAGAUUGUGUUGAGAUGGUGAAAUGUUUGCCUGGUGCCAAUCCAGUUCCCAAAGCUCAGUUGCUCUGUAGCAAAUCAGGAGGAAUUGAGAACUGUUUCUUAUUCUGCCCUUCCAACACCCUUUUCGUUCCAGACUCGGAAAAUAGCUAUUCAGUAACCUGUGGAGUGCCAGUACAACAGAGCAAGUCACAACAAAAACGCAACAGUACACUUCCAGGUUGUACGGACAUCUUAAUGCCGCCCAUCAAACAGAAGGCUCGCUUUAAAAUUAAAGAUGCCAAGUGUCACUUAAGGCCUCGCAACAAAGAGAAGAUUAAGGAAGUUGGAAAGCAGCAAACUCUUCUAGGAGGUCAGUUCCCCUGUGCAGACAAUUGCCACAUAACUUUUGUAAAUCUCAAAUGUGAUUCCUCUAAGAAAAAACGCCGUGGGCGAAAAUCCCCAUCAAAAGAAGUAUCCCAUAUCACGGCUGAGUUUGAAAUGGAGAUGAAGUCUGAAGAAGUCUCAGACACUUGCAAUGUUGACUGUUUGAGAAAAAGGAUGGAGCAGAAACUACAGACAGCUAUCAAAACCUUGAGAAAAUCUAUUAACAAGCAGCAAUUUUACAUUCAGUUUUCUGGGACAGAGUACGAAGUAGCUCAAAAGGCAGCUAAAAUUGUCAGCGAAGGACAUUCCUGCAGCACUGGGCAAGUGCAACAAGAUGGGAAAUGUGUUACCUGCAGUGUUGGCACCUAUUAUAGUGGAGAACAUAAUCAAUGCAUCCCUUGCUCACCGGGGACCUAUCAAGACACGGAAGGUCAGCUCUCCUGUGAACCUUGUCCAGGGAAUGAUGGGCAAGGCAUUGCGGGUGCACGAAGUGUGUUAGAAUGUGGAGGGCAGUGUUCUCCUGGGCAGUUUUCUUUUGAUGGUUUUAAACCUUGCAGACUGUGUCCACUUGGUACUUAUCAAUCUGAACCAGGAAGGACCCUCUGUUUCCCCUGUGGUGGAGGGCUGGGGACAAAAUACGAGGGCGCAGUUUCAUUUCAAGACUGUGAAACUAAAGUUCAUUGCUCUCCCGGCCAUUACUACAACUCUACAACCCACAGAUGUAUCAGGUGUCCUGUAGGAACUUACCAACCUGAAUUUGGCCAGAAUUAUUGCAUCACUUGCCCUGGAAAUACAAGCACAGAUUUUGAUGGUUCCACCAACGUUACCCACUGUAAAAAUCAACAAUGUGGUGGAGAACUUGGAGACUAUACAGGGUACAUUGAAUCCCCAAACUAUCCAGGAGAUUACCCAGCCAAUGUCGAAUGCACUUGGAAUAUAAGCCCACCUCCAAAGAGACGGAUCCUCAUUGUAGUCCCAGAGAUCUUUCUCCCAAUUGAAGAUGAGUGUGGUGAUGUUUUAGUAAUGAGAAAAAGUGCUUCACCUACAUCAAUUACUACCUACGAAACCUGCCAAACCUAUGAGAGACCCAUAGCAUUCACCUCCCGGUCACGGAAAUUGUGGAUUCAGUUCAAAUCAAAUGAAGGAAACAGUGGCAAAGGAUUUCAAGUGCCCUAUGUAACAUACGACGAGGACUAUCAGCAGUUAAUAGAAGACAUUGUUCGCGAUGGGCGUUUAUAUGCUUCAGAAAAUCACCAAGAAAUUUUAAAAGACAAGAAAUUGAUUAAAGCCCUAUUUGAUGUAUUGGCACAUCCUCAAAACUAUUUCAAGUACACAGCACAAGAAUCAAAGGAGAUGUUUCCAAGGUCGUUUAUAAAACUAUUGCGGUCAAAAGUUUCCAGAUUUCUACGACCAUACAAAUAACUUCUAGUGCUUUUCCAGGAACUUUUGUUUUAUUUUUGGUUCUUUCGCAUUCCAGUUAAAUAUUGUAUUGGGUUUGACUGUAGAAACAUUUUUGCUGAUUUUAAGAUUUCCUGCCCAUCUUUAUCUUAAAUUGUAUAUUGAAGAUAACUAUUGUUUUAUAAUCUCCAAUAUUUGAUGGGAUUUUUUUUUCCACCUCAAAGAAAAGUAACUUGGAAUUCCAGAGAACAUGACUUUAUUUUCAGUUUAUCAUAGAGAAGCAUUUGUUUUAGAAAAGGAACCUUGUUUAUCUACCACAUAAAGAAGAAACCUGCUCUUCUUUUUGAAGAAACUACCUGCAAAGAAGAAUUAUUGAUAGAAAAAGUAUGUAGUAUAAACGAUACUUGGAUUUUGAAUUGCACUUGAACUUUAUAUGUGAAAUUUUCAGAAGGGGAAUCGAAACUUCAUUGUUUUCCUUUUGGUGGUUUUAUGGACACUUUUUUUUUUAUAAACCAAAAAGAAGGUGGGGGUAAAAUAUAGCUGCCUUAACUUUUGUGUAAUGGGUUAGGCAAGAAGAAUCCUACAAUCCAUAGAUUUCUUGCUCCAAUAUAACAUUUUUAAAAGUCUUUUUUGAAAAUGGAAUGCAAUGGUUGAAUUAGACACAUAAUUGGUUUCUCUGCUAAAUAUUACACCAAGAAGGAAGGAUCUUAAGGGGGGCGGGGGUGGUGGACACUAGUAGCUAGUUUUCUUGCUCUUGACUGAAUAUCUAAAUAUGUACAAAAUCUAAUAGGCAUCUGUUUGUGAAUACCAGGGCAACAGAAAUAUCACUCAUAUAAUAAUGUUUUUCAGAGGAAUAAACCACAGCUCAGAUGUUUGGUACAAGGUGUGAUGAAGUGGGGUGAGAGAUUAAUGUUUUCCCUCCCUCCCUCCCUCCCUCUCCCUCCCUCCCUCUCUCUCUCGCUCUAAAAAGGACUAGGCUUUUUUAGACCUUGGGAAAGAUAAAUUAUCUUGUCCUUUCAUGUGUGCAUUCAUUGGUUGACGGCUUUUAAUCCUUGCUCAAUAUGAUCUGCUUAUCAUAAUUGUUUUAUUAUGAAUCCCUGAGUUGUGGAGGAGAAAUACAUUAUCCUACUCUACUUCUUGGCAUCAAAGCUGACUUCAAUACCUGCUGUUGUUGGCAUCUCUAACCAUGGGCAGAGAAUUUAACACGGUUUGAUCAGGGAAGAAAAUUGACAAGAAUUGAAGAUCCCAAGUUCUCUUCCAUGUCCAAAGAACUAAGAUAAUGAUUAAAUUAGCCAUAAAAGUAGUCUUCCUUCCUUCCAGCCUACUACCGUAUUUCCCCGCGAAUGAGACUCAACCAGAAAAUAAACCCGAGCAUGAUUUUUCAGGAUGCUCAUAAUAUAAGCACUACCCCAAAAUAAGCCCCAGUCAACCAGACAGAAGCAUUUUAGUGCCAUAUUUCCCCUAAAAUAAGACCUAACCAGAAACUAACCCUUAAUGCAUCUUUUG